GCCGUCAAGCAAUAGACCAUCAAGAUGCUAGGAGCCAAGACCGCCACUUUCGCCGUCGCAGCAACGCUGGCUCUGGCGAAGACGCAGGCCGAGACCGCUGCCCACCUACGCGUGCGCGUGCACUCCAAGACAACGUGCCCCAGUGGCCAGGAAAGUAUCGGUGUGGCCGGUUGGUCUCAGGACGGCUGUGUCGCUUCAGGCAGCGUGUGUGUUGCCAACAUCAAUGGUGACUGUCCGUCUGGUGCCCAUUGCGAGAUGCUGGACACGGGCGUGUACGGAUGCGCGGACGGUGGCGCUUCCAACGAAACUUCGAGCUGGGCUGGCUGCAAUGGCACUGAACAGACCAUCGGCGUCGUCGGCUGGGACCACGACGGUUGCAUCGACUCGGACAACGUCUGUGUUGCCCAAGUGAGCAACGGUGCCUGCCCUCAGGGUGCCUACUGCUCGCUUCUGGACACGGGUGUGUACGGCUGUGUCGCCAGCUCCAAGCGCCACCGCCACCACAAGUCGCACCACAAGUCGAACGCAACGUGCCCCGGUGGCCAGGAAAGUAUCGGUGUGGCUGGCUGGUCUCAGGACGGCUGUGUCGCUUCAGGCAACGUGUGUGUCGCUAACACUGACGGUACCUGCCCUACGGGAGCUCACUGUGCGUGGCUCGACACUGGCCACCACAAGGCGACCGUGACUUGUCCUAGCGGUCAGGAGAGUAUUGCCGUUGCAGGCUGGUCGCAGGACGGUUGUGUUGCCUCAGGCAACGUGUGUGUCGCUAACACUGACGGUACCUGCCCUACGGGAGCUCACUGUGCGUGGCUCGACACUGGCGUCUUCGGCUGCAAGGACGGCGCUGAGGAGGCUGCUUCGACUGGUUGCAACGGCAAUGAACAGACCAUCGGCGUUGUUGGCUGGGACCACGAUGGCUGCAUAGACUCGGACAAUGUUUGCGUAGCUCAAGUGAGCAACGGUGCCUGCCCUCAAGGUGCUUACUGUUCUCUCCUGGACACUGGAGUGUAUGGAUGCGUUGCCAGCUCGAAACACUAA